AUGGUAUCGGGUUUUAAUGUUCCCUUUCCUACGAGGUGUCCGUCCACCUUAAACGAAGCAACGUCAACACCAUUCCAACCAGAUCUUAGUAUUAAAUUGAUCUGUCCAGAGUGCAAAAAUCCAGAUCCAAAAAUCAUCGAGGAAUAUGCAAGCGGGGAUAUGGUGUGCGGUGAAUGUGGACUUGUUCUCGGCGGUCGAAUAAUUGAUACGAGGUCCGAAUGGCGUACUUUUAGCACUGAAGAAAACGAUAAAGAUCCUUCACGCAUCGGUGCUGUUUCCGAUCCCACUGAUGCCUCGGCUUUGGACACUAUGAUUUCAUGGAAAGGAAAUACGGACAACAGCCCUCUCAGUCGUGCUCAUUUCAAGGCAACAAUCAAUAAAGGAAAUGUUGGUGUAAAGUAUGCACUUCAGGAGAUCGAGACCAUUGGUCAUGCAAUGGAUUUAUCCCCAGAAUUAAUCGAGACAUCCAAGCAACUAUAUAAACGUUCUGUCGAAGAAAAAGUGCUGAGAGGGAAAAACAAACUUGUUAUCUAUGCGGCGUGCAUUUACAUCGCAUGUCGGACAAUGAACGUUGGAAGGACACUGAAAGAAAUAAUUGCUGUCACUCGAGUUCCAAAGGGUCAUCUUAGUCGUGCAGUCAGAAUAUUGGUAUCAACGUUUGACUUGAAUUUAAAACAGAUGACAUCCGAAGACUUGAUGGCGAGAUUCUGUAAUCGACUCAACAUUCCACAUGACGUCACUGGAAUAUGCAUAAAAGUUAGUCAACGCGUUGAACAGUUGGGUCUGCUAACAGGUAGAACCCAGAAUACCGUCGCCGCAGCUGUCAUCCUUUUCGUUACUAGCGUGUUGAAAUGCGAUGUGCUAACUGAUAAGAUCGCUCUCAUCUCCGGAAUGGCCACGCCUUCGAUUAAAGGUGUGUGUCGAAUAAUUGAAGCGGAAAAGGACAAAUUUCAAGAUUUACUUGGAAAAAAGGUAUCGGAUGUUUCUUCUAACGUGGAAAUUGAUGAAUGA